GCUCGUGCAUGUCUGAACAACACGAGAAGAGAAGAAAAACUUUCUUUUUUCUUUCUUUAAAGCUUCAGGAGGUUUUUUUUCUUCUUUUCUUCCUUUCGGGCUGUUUUGGUUCCAGCACCUCGGACAGCAUCUUUUGAGGUUCACCCACCUACGACAAUAUGAAGAACACUAGGAGAUCAGCGAGCGCUUCACAGUUACUCUUUAUGGCUGUGUGUAGCGUGCUGUGCUGCAGGACGCUUUCAGCUCCCCCGGCCAUCAACUCAUACUCUGCCAUCAGGUCAGGCAGUCUGAACAGUGUUGGUGACGGCGCGUGGCUAAACGAGCCUUCUCAGGAUCUGGAAGUGUAUAAGCUUCUGUAUGAAAUUGCAAACACAGUGGAAAGACCACCGAGACACGCUGAUGGACUUUUCACCAGCGGAUACAGCAAACUCCUCGGACAACUUUCAGCCAAAGAAUACCUGGAAUCCUUACUUGCCAAGCGUGUCAGUGACGAGCUGAGCGCGGACGACUUACGCAUGAAGCGUCACUCGGAUGCGGUGUUUACAGACAACUACAGCCGAUAUCGCAAGCAGAUGGCGGCCAAGAAGUACCUGAACUCCGUCUUAGCAGGAAAGAGAAGCCCAGAAGACGCCUUAACGCUGUCUAACAAGUCCAAAAGCACUGACUCGUCCUUACCUCCGAGCUACGAGGACGAGGUCGAUCAGCUCCUCCAACAGCUCCCGCUAGUAUGACUGCUUUCCUCCGGUUAAAACGUCUUAAAACUGUGUUCGCAAGAAGGUCUGACUCACGUCUAAUCCACUAACACUGGUGUUUGCUUAAUUAACACUGCUUUUGCUGCCUUUUCAUCGCUCUCUUACAUUACUGUAGAGGGACCACUUCACUAUUCCUCUGUAAAUCUGAAGAAAUAGCUUUAAGAGCUUGAAUACAAUCCACUGCUCAAACAUCACACGUUUUUGGGGUUCAGUAUUUUCAACAUUCGUGCAGCACGUCAUCAAUAAACUGAAAUGCAAUCUCUGUUGCUGCUUUCUUUCUGUCUUUCUUUCUUCCCCCCCCCUCCAGAACAUCUAGAUGAUGAUGACUUCAUCUGGCACCUUAAGUAUUGGACCUCUAAUCCGGUUACUGUAGAACAAACAAACCAAAUCGUCUCAACAUGUUGUGUGGCAAAGUUAAUUAUUGUUGUUCCUGUUCCUCAAAGAGCUAUUUUUGAUUUAUUUAUUUUUUAAAGUCGCCGCUGGUGUCUGAAAUUGUAACGUAUCCAAAAUGAAAGAAUAAAAAUGUAUAAAGAAGAGGCGAAGAAGGUUGUUGUUUUGUAGUAUGUGAGCGAGUUGUGUUAACAGAGCCGGCUCCUGAGACAUACCGGAUAUAUUUGAUUAUAUUGAUUAAUAUUGUGAUCAUGCGCAGAAAAAGAAUGAUUCAUGUCAGAAAACGAAAAAUGAAAGCACGUGCCCUAACGUGAAAAUGAAUGGGAAAUUAAUCGUUGUUUUUUUUUUUUUUUUUUUUCAAAAUCACACAUGAAAAAUUUGACAAAUAAAAAAAAAAUCAAUGAAUCUGGUGAGAAAAUCACAUCUGAAAAAAUAAAAAAAAUAUCUUGAAUAUAAUCACAUUUAUUACUAUUAAAUUAGAUUAAAUGAAAGAAAAGAUUACUAAAAACCUAUCGAUAGUCAAAAUAUUUUUGAGCAGGUUAUUUAAUAUAAUUCUACUAAGAAGCAAAAUUAUUUGCCAACGGAAUACGGAAAUCGAAAACGACGUUAUAAUUACAUCAUAAUACGGAAUAGUAGAUAAAUCUGCCACAUAUUUAAGAAAUUUUUCACUUGCUAAGUUAUCAUUUUUCCAGCAUUUUCCCUACAAGUAAACAUAAACAAAUCAUGAAAACAACAGUGUGAAAGAUUUCCACGACAUGUGAUCAAUGUAUGAAGAAAAUACGUGUAAAUUCUACACGAGGAUCAUCACACUCUGUUGAGUUUUUCUAAGAUGUGCGUACACAUGGAUCUAGCUUUGGUUUACAUGGAAUAGAGAGUUAAAUCUGGUUUAUUAUUCACGCUUACAGAUUUAGGGUGGGUGUGUCCAUCAGGGCGGGAAACGGUAAGUGUGUGUCACGCUAUCCCGUAAGCUGGUGUUCUGUUUUCAUGAAUGCUAACAUUUACACUCAGUUUACCUUCUGCAUGAGGAAGUACUGUGGAUGAUUAGUAUUUCCAAAAGAGAAAAAAAAAAAAACCCAGUAGAGCAGGGAUGCGUCUGCCGCCAACAAGUCUAGUCUUUCUUGUUACUAAUUUGCCUGACAUAGUGUUAACCCUUUCAUGCACAGUGUCCAUUUAAGUGUUUGUUUGUUUUUUUGUUUUUUUUAGAAAAAUAUCAAUUGUAAAUCACCUCCAAAUCAUUUGAUACUGUCACUGCAAUUUAUCAUGAAUCACCUGACUAUUUGUCAAUAUUACAAAGUUUUGCAGAAUAUAUACACGUUAG